GGACAUACACGGACAGACAUGACGUUGUGUCAGCGCUCCGAAUCUCGACGAUGAUGUCGCCCCGAGAAUUUUGAAAACAUCAUCGCGAACUUGUCGUUCACCUCUUUUCCGCGCGUUCCAAUGGAAGUCAACAGUAAGAUGCUGACGCGGGCGAGUCAGCAGAACACCAGUCUCUGCCGUGUCUGUUUGAUUGCGGAUCACAACAAUCGAUGCAUCUUCCGCGAGAACUGGGACGACCCGGAUAGCACGAGCGCCUCCGAAUUGUCGACGAAGCUGCGACUGUGCGGCGGCGUGGAGGUGCUGGAGGACGACGGCUUGCCCACCAGCAUCUGCCUUGAGUGUGUGACGAAAGUCAACGUCGCCUACGAAUUGAGGGAGCAGUGUCAGAAGGCUGACAUGAAGCUCAGGAAGCUCUACGGCAAAGCCUCAAGGAAGAGCAUUGCUGGUAACUGCAUUUCUACAAAGGACCAGUAUUGUCAGACUGAACAGUUUUAUAUCUCUGAUACGAUCAAAUCGGAAGACAAUACAGAACUGAGUGUGGACAAUGUAAUUAAUAUAGAGAAGAGUAUCUUCACAGAAUCAAAGACUGUCAUGAGACAUGAACAAAUCAUAGAUGCUUUUAAUGAAGGCUAUUGCGCUGAGGACAUAUUAGUGGACAAUGAGCCAGGUCUAGACUGUGUUAACAAGUUUAAAGAAAUAGGGCACGAAAAAGUGGCCAAGAAAGAAACUUACAGAACGAGACGGAUGACCAUGUUCAAGAGGGUCACAUCUAUGGAGAAUCUGAAAAAUCACAAAGAGAGACAGAGAAGAUAUAUUAAGAAGAGUGCAAUGAAUGUCAAGCGCGAUAGUGGCGAUCACGAGCAUCAGACGAAGAUGAGGAGAAAUCUCCACAAUAGAGUGGACAGAACAUCCGAGUUUGAUUCAUAUAAAUGUUUGGAAUGUGAUAGAUUUUAUUCCAGUAAGAAGUCCCUAGAUAGACACACGUUAACUCACAACGACAAAAAGUUCAAAUGCGAAAACUGUGAUAAGCAAUUCUUCUGUCUGGACAAACUGCUCAAGCAUGUGGAUCUGCACAAAAUGAAGGAGAAGCCGCAGCCGGUGCUGUGUCGAAUCUGCAACAAGAGCUUUAGAAAGACCGACACCAUGGUCAGACAUCUAAACGCUCACAAGAGGGCCAAUCCCAAGGAGGUGUUUUCCAUACUGAAGGAGAUACGCGAUCGGAGGAAGUUGGAGAAUAGCUCGGAGUCCUUGGAAAUAUGCCAGCCGAACGAGGAUAACGAGGAGACUCGGCGGAAUGAAAGAUCACCGAGCGAGAGCGAGAGCAGCGGCGCGACGAAGACUCUGAGAAGACGCAACGUCCGAGCGGAACAGAGGGACUCGGACGUGUUGAACAGCGACUCCAGCAACGAUAAUGUCGAGCCCCAAGACGAUACGUUGCUGCACCACUGCAAGCAUUGCGGCAAACGCUACUCCACCGAGCGAUCCCUGCAACGUCACCUGCUGAUACACGACGAGAAGAAGUUCGUUUGCAGCGUGUGCAAUAUGAAGUUCUACCGGCAGGACCGGCUAAAGAGUCACGUGGACCGGUACGGCCAUGACGAGACGAAGGCGCGCGCGGAGCCGCAGAGACCGCCGGACGACAAGUCGGCUAUCAAGCUCAUCAACAGCUGGAUCAGGGAGGAGCUGGACUCCGAUAAUGAGGGCAAGGGUUUCCCGUGCAAGAUUUGCGGCAAGUCGUACGACACAAAAAAGUCCCUGUCGAAGCACCAAGCGAACACGCACGCCGGCCAGAACGAUUGCUGCGCAAGCUGCGGUGACAGCGUCUGUGGUUGCGCCGAACGCGGCAAGAACGGCAGUCCAGAGAAGAGCGGCAACGAGGCCACCAAGUCGAAGCCGUAUACGUGCGAGGAGUGCCACAAAUCCUUCGAGAAGGAGAUCAAGCUGCAGAGGCAUCUGCGAAUCCACGAGCGCGCCAAGGAGCAGCAGGACGCGAACUUCAAGCGCUUCCUCUGUCACAUCUGCAGCAAGACCUUCCGUCAGAACACCGGCCUGAUGUUCCACAUGCGCACGCACACCGGCUACAAGCCGCACGUGUGCAAGUACUGCGGCCGUGGCUUUACCUCCAAUUCCAACUGCAUCAACCACGAGAGAACGCAUACCGGCGACCGGCCGUUUGUCUGCCACUUUUGCAGCGCUGCCUUCGCCAAGUCCUGCACCCUCAAGGCCCACAUCACCACCCACACCGGCGAGGCGAACUACCACUGCAAGACCUGCGGCAAGUCGUUCCGCCGGCUCAAGUAUCUGAAGGAGCACCGGUUCACGCACACCGGCGAGAAGCCGUACGCCUGUAAGAUAUGCGGCACUGCCUACAGCCACUCCGGCAGUCUGUUCGUGCACGAGAAGAAGUGCAAGGCGCAGUACAGCGGCUACCACCAGCAGCCGGGUGCCGUGGCAGCGGCGCAGAACACGCAGCAGUCCGCGACUGCCGCGUACAACAGUUCCCAGUCUUCGCAGGGUGCCGCGAUCGCCGGCAUCUCGGCCGCCUCCCCUCCCACGCUCGUCACCAGCCCCAUCAUCGGCGGCUUGCCGCAGGCCCAUCUCAACGUUAUCAACAGCACGCUGAGCGCGCAGAUAGCCAAGGGUCACGCGGUGGACAACGUGCAGCGCAUGAACGCGGUAGUCUCGUCCGGGUUACACGCGCACUCCAACGCCGGCGACAUCGCCGAGAUGAACUCCACCGUGCGGAACUUUGCCAUCAUUGGCCAGAUUAACAUGCCUUCUUACAAGUUGACUUACUUCCCCAGUAAAGCGUUGGCCGAGCCGAUUCGCUUCCUCUUUAGUUAUGCCGGCAUCGACUUCGAGGACGAUCGCUUCAACCGAGAUGACUGGCCCAAGAUUAAGUCGGAUAUGCCGUUCGGUCAAGUGCCCGUCCUUGAAGUUGAUGGCAAAAAGAUCCACCAAUCCGUAGCUAUUUGUCGCUAUAUGGCGAAACAAUGUGGCCUCGCCGGCAAGGAUGAUUGGGAAGCUUUGGAAAUCGACGCAACUGUCGACACGAUACAUGACCUGCGUCAAAAACUCGCGGCUUACUCUUACGAGACCGACGAAACUACUAAAGCGGCGAAACACAAAAUAGCCAAGGAGCAAUUGCCAUACUACUUGGAGCGUCUAGAUGCUCAAGUGCAGAAGAACGGUGGCUACUUCGUUGGCGGCGCCCUUAGCUGGGCCGAUUUCACUUUCGUCGGUCUGCUUGACUACUUGAAUCACAUGAAUGACAAGCAGAACAUCAUCGAGAAGUACGACAACUUGAAGCAGCUGAAGCAGAAGGUUGAAAAACUGCCAGCCAUCAAGAACUGGAUCGAAAAACGCCCGCAGAGCGACUUGUAAUAUCGUUUCAAUCAACGUCGGUUUUCGCGAGAAAGUCUGCGUGACUAACAAUUAUCUAUACGUGAUGUUAUUCGAAAUAAUACAUUUCAUAUUAAAACUAUUAUUGGUAACGAACCAGUAUUCGUGAAGCGGAACUACGUUUCUUCUUUCCACUACAUAGUUUUAUGUAUAUUUCAAUAAAUCUUUACUUUCAUUA